GCUCUGGGAUUGUACACAGUAAAUGCAGUAUAUGGAGAUACUAUCACUAUGCCUUGUCGUCUAGAAGUUCCAGAUGGUCUUAUGUUUGGAAAAUGGAAAUAUGAAAUGCCAAAUGGUUCUCCGGUAUUUAUUGCCUUCAGAUCAUCAACAAAAAAAAAUGUACAGUAUGAUGAUGUACCAGACUACAAAGACAGGUUGAGUCUCUCAGAAAACUAUACAUUAACCAUCAAGAAUGCAAGAAUCAGUGAUGAAAAGAGAUUUGUAUGCAUGCUAGUUACAGAAGAUGAUGUUUCCGAAGAGCCAACAAUAGUCAAAGUCUUCAAACAACCCUCACAACCAGAAAUCUUACAUCAAGCAGACUUCUUAGAAACAGAGAAGCUACAAAUGCUCGGCGAGUGUGUUGCAAGAGACAGUUAUCCUGAAGGCAAUGUUACGUGGUACAAAAAUGGGAGAGUUUUGCAGCCCGUGGAAGAUGUUGUGGUCAUAAAUUUGCAAAAGCUUGUGAACAAAUCAACUGGACUCUUUACCAUGACAUCAUCUCUUCAGUACGUGCCAACGAAGGAAGAUGCAAAUGCCAAGUUUUCUUGCAUUGUGACCUAUUAUGGACCAUCUGGCCAGAAGACAUUACAGUCUGACCCAGUUGUCUUCGAUGUUCACUAUCCAACAGAGAAGGUGACUAUUCAAGUGCUGUCACAAAGUACUAUUAAAGAAGGUGAUAACAUCACAUUGAAGUGCUCAGGAAAUGGCAACCCUCCUCCACAGGAGUUCCUGUUUUACAUUCCAGGAGAGACAGAGGGUAUAAGAAGCUCAGAUACUUACGUAAUGACAGAUGUGAGAAGAAAUGCAACAGGAGAAUACAAGUGCUCUCUGACUGACAAAAGCAUGAUGGACUCAAUCACCAUCACGGUGCACUAUUUGGAUUUGCAGCUUAUUCCUAGCGGUGAAGUCACAAAACAGAUUGGAGAGGCCCUUCCUGUGUCAUGCACGAUUUCUUCUAGUAGAAAUGCAACUGUGUUUUGGAUAAAGGACAAUACGAGAAUGCAAACGAGUCCAUCAUUUUCAAGUCUUCAGUAUCAAGAUGCAGGAAACUACAUCUGUGAAACUACUCUACAAGAGGUUGAAGGGUUAAAGAAAAGAAAGACACUUAAACUUAUUGUGGAAGGAAAACCUCAAAUCAAAAUGACAAAGAAAACCAACACAAAUAAAAUGUCUAAAACAAUUGUCUGCCAUGUGGAAGGUUUCCCCAAACCAGCAGUGCAAUGGACAGUUACUGGUAGUGGAAGCAUCAUAAAUAAAACAGAGGAGACCAAAUAUGUUAAUGGAAGAUUUUCCAGUAAAAUUGUAAUUGCUCCUGAGGAAAAUGUGACUUUAACUUGCAUUGCAGAAAAUGAGCUAGAAAGGACUGUGACCUCCCUGAAUGUCUCUGCUAUAAGUAUUCCAGAAUAUGAUGAGCCAGAGGAUAGAAAUGAUGACAAUAGUGAAAAGGUUAAUGACCAGGCAAAGCUAAUAGUGGGGAUUGUAGUCGGUCUUCUCCUGGCUGCUCUGGUUGCAGGUGUUGUCUACUGGCUCUAUGUGAAGAAAUCAAAGACAGCAUCAAAACAUGUAGACAAAGAUCUUGGAAAUAUAGAAGAAAACAAAAAAUUAGAAGAAAACAAUCAUAAAUCUGAAACUUAAGAGAAAAAAUGUGUCAGUCAUCAUUCCAGAGAAUACAUAUAGACCAAUCGAAGCAUGAACGUGGAUUGUAUUUAAACAUAUACAAAGAAGUGACAGCUAUUCAUGGUUCAAGUAUUAAACAGAUCAUACUACCAAAUUUUCAAAAGAUUUUAGACACAAUUAUCUCAAGUUAAAAUAAACCCACAAACUAAUUUUGGCAACAGCCAUGAUAAUAGGUCACCAUGCUGUGUUCUGUUUGAAAUAUUUUUUUGUAAAUGUCUGCACUGAAGAUUUCUUUUUGUUUGCCUUUAUGUAAAUUUUUUACGUAGCUAUUUUUAUACACUGUAAGGCUUUGUUCUGGGAGUUGCUGUUAAUCUGAUGUAUAGUGUAAUGGUUUGAUUUCAAUGGUUUUUAUGACACCCUUUAAGCAGGUACCUGUCUAAUUCUGAUUGUUAUCAGUGAAGCUUCUGCUGUGUAGCAAGCACCUAGAGUGUAAGAUUGUCUUAAA